GAAGCAGCACCCGAAUGGAUUGGAAGCCGCCAAGCCGCUGUUUAGCCUUGAAAUCCGCGAAGAAAGAACGAGUUGCGAGAAGAAGUAGAGAGUGGGAGGAAGAAAAGAGGGGAAAGUAAAGGGAGAAAUUCAGGCGAUCCACUAAACCCGACUUAUUUUAAGUUAAUUGUAAAUUUUAGUCGGCUAGGGCGCGCUUAUUCGGUUCCGUCCAUCAGGAGUCCGGGACUAGCUGAGUAGCUUGAAUGAAUACUGACCGUCGUCGCGUUGUGAAGGCUCGUUCUAUUCGUUCACUUUUACUUUCAUUUGUUGGGCAACCGAGCGCACUGCAAACCUGUGCCCCAAAAAUAUAUACACUCGACGCGAAGGCAGCGACGGAUUGUGUAGUGUUUGUGGAGCCAUGGCUCGGUGUUUAGGUGGUGUUCCUGGUGCUCACCCCCGCGGCUACCCCUUGGAUAACGCUGUUCCGGGUGCCCUCAUUUAGGAAUAUUCAUUUUUCCCGGUGGUCCUCUUCCAAAAACGAAUUUCGCCAUGUACUCAGAAGAACACGAUUCUCACGGCCUACUAACCCUCCACUACGGCAAACACCAUGCUACCAUAGUCGAUGAGAUCAAAACUUGUUUCGCCUCAGAAAACUACGCCGAUAUGACGUUUAUUUGCGACGACAAGAGCACUCUGAGCGCUCAUAAACUCAUUAUGGCAACUGCCAGUCCGUUAGUGCGCAGGAUUCUCGGCGAGAGUGUGCACGCGCACGGCCCAAGCGUAGUUUUGCUGCCUGGGAUCAAAAGCUGUCAUCUCAAACAUCUGCUGGAUUUCCUUUACAAUGGGCAAGCCUGCAUUAAGUCGAGUGAGCUGGAGAGCAUUCAAGAAUUAUUCGAGCUGCUUCAAAUUAAAUCGGACGUAUGGCAGUCUUCAAAUUCUGAAGAGGCCAAAAGCCAGUCCGAUGAUGGCGGUAGCAGCUGGGAGCGCGAUAACGAAACGUCCGACGCCGUUCAGAUUAAACGUGAAACGGAUGACGAUGAAAAGGAGGAAGGCGAAAUCAAAGACGAUGAAGACGACCCUGCGGAGGACACAUCUUCUCAGGAUCAAAGCAAUGGAUCUCCGAACCCUGUGAAUUUAUCAAUUAGUACUAAGAAUGCCGAGAAAGAUGAUGGGGCAGGCGAACGGGAAAAUAACUCAGAGAGAGGUGAUCAGAAAAACUUAGAUACGCUAAAGAUAGGGCAAACAUCUGUGAAGAUCGCGCCGAAAGUGCAUGAGUUUUCGCAGUUUCAUCGGAUGAAACGUAAGAGCUUAAUGUACACAGAGCCGAUAGACUUGAAGCAUCAAGAAGAUUAUUCGCAAAUCAAGCCGCCCAUAGCCGACCCAAAGUUGAUGUCGCUAGUGCCAAGUCCCGAUAACUACGUGGUAACGCCUCAUCGGAAAAGACGUCCUGGUUUCCAUAACUCUCCAGCACAAAACCCGCCGUUUGUACCGUUUUCGCCAUCCUACAUAGAGGAUGCAGGUCAUCACACGAGUCAUCGAUAUAAAAAUCUUCCCCCCAUAUUAGCAGCUCAUCAUCCUUUGUCGUUAUCGGCUCCUCCGUUUUUAGUUGAUCGGACUCACACUCCUACUCCUGGAACACACCCUGAUACUUCCUCGGCUCCUGAAAGUGUAGUGGUGAAAUACAGACCGCCCAGUGCAGAUCAGGGACUCGUGUCGGAAGCGUAUCAGUCAUUUGAGCAUACUUGGGGUGCCUGGACUUUGUGCCAAACUGCAGUGAACCCAUCGCAAAGUAACGACGAACCCCGUGAACCUCCUCCUGGAUAUUCCUCUAAUCCUGGAGCUGAAGACAGUGCAGAGACUUCGCAACAAGCAACUGGAAGCAAACAGAGUUUGCCAGCCGUUCAAGUGCGCGAGUAUAGGUGUGAGUACUGCGGUAAACAGUUCGGGAUGUCCUGGAAUUUGAAAACUCAUUUGCGUGUUCACACUGGCGAAAAACCGUUUGCUUGCAGACUUUGUGUAGCUAUGUUCAAGCAGAAAGCCCAUUUACUAAAACACUUGUGCUCUGUGCAUAGAAAUGUUAUUUCUUCGACCGAUGGCAAUGCUGGACGAUUUAACUGCUGUUUUUGUACUUUGUCGUUCGACUCGUUGCCCGAACUUAUCAGACAUUUAUCUGGACCCCACAAUAAUUUACUUUUGAGUAAAAACAUGCACGAGCUUAAAUAGUAUUUACAUUCCAUUUCACUGGAGUCGUACAAUGGUUGCCUAGAACGACUCCAAUCCGAAUUUGUGAUAUGCUGAUUAGCUGAUUUUAACUCGAUCAUUUUUGAUGGGCAGGUUGAAUUAUCAAAGUCAGUUUUAUUAGUAAAUUGAUUUUUCUAAGGGCACAACGCCUAAUUAGCGAAAUACAUCUAUUUCGUAUAUCUUGGAAAUCAAGGAGUGCCUUAUUAUAAGCAAGCUAUUCCAUUCUUUGUUCAUUUCUGUCCAAAUUUGAACUUUUUAGGUAGUUAGUCGUCUAUUUUUAACGACGUUGAUCGCCCAGCUUAUUUUGAACUUAUGUAUUGUAUUCACGAUCUAAUAAAAUAAUUUAUUCCAACGUCAAUACGAAAGAACCUAAAAAACCAACAUGUAUUAACAACUAUGCAACUGGUGAGUUUUUCGGACUUUCACACCAUCGUAGAAUAUAACUUCGUCCUGACCCGAAAAGUAAUCAACAGCCGCUAAAUCCUAACUCUAUUGCUACUAACAACUAAAAUUGUCGGAAAUCUUUCAGAUAGCAAAUUCUACAAACCUACAGGUAAAUUGAUUUUUGUCAGUAAGCUAGCUGGGUGCAUUAUUAUUUAAAACUCAUAUUUAGUUGCCUUUUGUUAGAAAGGCGUGUCGGUUACGAAAAACCAAGUUGUCCAGUUCAACUGUUGACCACAUUAUUUUUUUUUAUUGAUUAGACGUAAUUCCAACCGAUGUGUUCAAUUUGACUUUACGUACCUAAACUGCGCGUGGUGUGUAUGACAAGUGAUUUGAAAUUUUCGGCUGGCCCGAUUUUCGCAGGAAAAAAACAUUUAUAUUGCAAAAAAAUAUUUCUAUUAUAAUCCAAUGUUAUAUACAUCACAAGUAGAUGAUUUAUUAUACAGUAACUAAAAUUGCUUCGGAUUACGCGCUAGCAUUAUUUAACUUGAAAAAUCCGAAAUGUGGAUAUUUAGUUUGUUUUUAUCAAAAAUUCGUUUUUAAACCAACAUUCCGUUAAAUUUGUGGCGCAAGUUUUCGUUUUAUUAUCCUGGAUAUCCCCAAGAAAGCAUUUUUAGUUGUUGUAUGUAAAAAUUUGUAUAUAACAAGCUUAUAGUUUUUACUACAAAACUGGAAUGUACGAUCGUAUAUUUUUUUAAUAUACACACCAAAGAAGUAAAUUGUAAGAAUUACAAUAAAUCUAUCUACUUAAUUAACUUAUACACCUCUCUAUUCUUUCUAAUGAGCUCUCGGCAGCAUGAAACAGUUAAAUAGAAACUUAAAAAAAAUUAAAACACUGCAUAUACGUAAUGUCCUGAACAUCUACGUUACUAUGCCUGUCUCAAAAACAAUUCUACUUCUCCAAUAAACAGAAUGAUAAACCAUCACAAAAGUUAAGUUUUAUAUAUAGAAAAGUAUCAAAUCGAGUGGUGUUACUUGGGUGUGUAGUUUUUAGCUGUGAGAUGUUGGAAUUAUCUUUGUAUAAAAUCCAGUAAAUCAAGUAAAAACGCGUUAAAUUAUUUUGAUAUCUACCUCUUUGUGUAAAUUUAGGAAUUCACCUUGUAUUUUUAAAUGUUAGCAAAUUUAAAAGCUGAAACGGAGAAGAGUUAUUUUGCGAUUUUCGAAUUAAUGUAGCUUUACUGGAAUUGAGCGCACAUUUUGAUAACUUUGCUAUGUAAGGCAAGUUUUUGCCUAGAAAAGUGGUACAAAUGUGGUAACUUAGUAUUCUCUUUAGCUUUGUAAAGAUAGCUUGUAAAUACUUCAAUUAUAAGAUAAAUAAAGUUAUAGUAUUGCC